GCAAGAUUCUUCUGCGCCUGCGCCGCCCGGGUCACUUCGCUGGCUGCUCCAAGGCUCCCGGCUCGCCGCCAUCUUGUGUUGGGGCUUCAUUGUUCGCGCUGGGCCGGGUGGUUUAGUGUAAUUGCCGCCGAAGCAGGGGGCGGAGUAAUCUCUGGUCGGCCGAGAAUCCCCGCUAUUUCACAGACAUAGCAGCUCGAAAGAUUUGUGAGGUAGUAAAGGGUAGAGAGCUGGACCCGGAGGCGCCGCCGCGACAGCAGCAGCCAUGGAGGACGAAAUGCCUAAGACUCUAUAUGUCGGUAACCUUUCCCGAGAUGUGACAGAAGCUUUAAUUCUCCAGCUCUUUAGCCAGAUUGGACCUUGUAAAAACUGCAAAAUGAUUAUGGAUGUAAGGACAGCUGGAAAUGAUCCAUAUUGUUUUGUGGAGUUUUAUGAGCAUCGUCAUGCAGCUGCAGCACUAGCUGCUAUGAAUGGGCGGAAGAUAAUGGGUAAGGAAGUCAAAGUGAAUUGGGCAACAACCCCCAGCAGUCAAAAGAAAGAUACAAGCAGUAGUACCGUUGUCAGCACACAGCGUUCACAAGAUCAUUUCCAUGUCUUUGUUGGUGAUCUCAGUCCAGAAAUUACAACUGAAGACAUAAAAGCUGCUUUUGCACCAUUUGGAAGAAUAUCAGAUGCCCGAGUGGUAAAAGACAUGGCAACAGGAAAGUCUAAGGGAUAUGGCUUUGUCUCCUUUUUCAACAAAUGGGAUGCUGAAAACGCCAUUCAACAGAUGGGUGGCCAGUGGCUUGGUGGAAGACAAAUCAGAACUAACUGGGCAACCCGAAAGCCUCCAGCUCCAAAGAGUACAUAUGAGUCAAACACCAAACAGCUAUCAUAUGAUGAGGUCGUAAAUCAGUCUAGUCCAAGCAACUGUACUGUAUAUUGUGGAGGUGUCACUUCUGGGCUAACAGAACAACUAAUGCGUCAGACUUUUUCGCCAUUUGGGCAAAUAAUGGAAAUUCGAGUCUUUCCAGAUAAAGGAUAUUCUUUUGUUCGGUUCAAUUCCCAUGAAAGUGCAGCACAUGCAAUUGUUUCUGUUAACGGAACUACCAUUGAAGGCCAUGUUGUGAAAUGCUACUGGGGCAAAGAAACUCUUGAUAUGAUAAAUCCCGUGCAACAGCAAAAUCAAAUUGGAUAUCCACAAGCUUAUGGCCAGUGGGGCCAGUGGUAUGGGAAUGCACAACAAAUUGGCCAAUAUAUGCCUAAUGGUUGGCAAGUACCUGCAUAUGGAAUGUAUGGCCAGCCAUGGAACCAGCAGGGAUUUAAUGGAUUUCCCCUCCCCUCUGCUUCUUUCACGUUCUCCACCAGUCAGACACAGUCUUCUGCACCGUGGAUGGGACCAAAUUAUGGAGUGCAGCCGCCUCCAGGACAGAAUGGCAGCAUGAUGCCUAAUCAGCCUGCAGGGUAUCGAGUCGCAGGGUAUGAAACCCAGUGAAAAAGGACUCCAGAAUCUAAAGCCAGUGGCUUAAGGCUACAGGGAGUGUAGUAAAGCCGUUGUUUACUUAAAGAUUUAUCAAAUCAGUCAGUGCAAAUGUCAGAUACAAUGUAUUUAUUUAAAAGAUUCAUUUUUUAAUCAUGAAAUUACUUACCAUCCGCAUUGUUUUAAAAAGAAACAAUAUGCUGGAUGUCUGCCAAUUUUUGCCUUCAUUACCUUUUUUGAUAAAGUUUCUCAAAUCCUUGUUUCAAAUACAAAUGCAGGGAUUGCUGCCACUUUUUUAAAAUUGAGGCAGAAAAUUGCACAAUGUUGAACUUUUUUCCACUGAAGUAGUGUGCAGUUCUAGUUUGCAUUCCUGAUAUGAUUUAAAACAUGUAAUAUAAAGAUGUAAAAAAAAAAAAAGAAAAAAGGAAAACCAAAACUGUGCAGAGUCUAGAAGUUCUUUGUAAUCUUCAGCUUAUGCACAAUUCUAUUUUAGGUUUUUUUGAAAUAGGCAUUGUUUGAGCUGUCCCAUCUCCACUGUUUUCCCUUUGGGGUUUUUAAAUAUAAGUUAUUAGUUUACAUCAUUUUUGUAUCUACAUUUUUUUCACAAAUUUGUCUUGCCUUAUUAAAGUUCUAUAAAGUAUACUUAAAUGGAAAAAAAUGAUCUUUAGAUUGAAAACUUUUCUCAGAUGGAUUGAUAAUUGCAUUCAUCUUGUGUUUUAUAUGAGAAGGUGCCUCAAGAAUUCCCUGUUGAAUUUGUUUAAAAGGGUUUUUAUCUUCUGUGAUAAACUUUGCUGUGUACCAGGAAUAUAAAAACAAAAACUUGUUACUAAAGAAAAUCUCUGAAAUGUGAUAAGUUCUUAUGAACCCAUGUUAAUUUCAUGUGUCAACUUCUACAUUUACAUGUAUCAUUUCAUUAUGUAAAAUGUUUUAGCAAUUUAAUAUUUUGCACAGUUAGCAAACUUUGUAUGUCAUUUCCUCCUUAAAGGCAUCAUGCAGAGUUGACAGGAGAUUUAUAAGGUUUUGUUUGCAUGUGAAUAUCAAAUACACACUUUGGUAGUCUUUGAAUACAAAGUCAUCUGCUCUUGUUUUUCAAGAACUUUGAGACACAAAGUUGUAUGUAAAGAAAUAUAUUAAUUUGCCAUAUUCUAGUUAUAUUUACUCAAAAAGAGUAAAUCAACUUGAUUUUAAUAUGUACAAAUGAUAGCUGUGAAACUGUAGAAUAUCCUUAUGUCAGGCUUGGAGUUUCUUGUGAACUCCAAAAUUAGCCUGAAUGACCAGCCGGGCAAAGCAUUUUUUAAAUGUUCAGAGGCCAAAAGAUAAACAAACAAAAAACCGUGAAAUCCUACCUCCUUAAACAGCCUUCAAAGAGGAGAAUCCUCAGUGCAAUCAUUACUUUGAUUCUUUUGGUACCUGUUUUCCUGGAGUUCCCAAUUUUAUUAUUUUGGGGUGGCUCCGAGCAUUAAGAGGUUUAAUCUUUGAUGGCAUUGUUCUAGUUUUGAAAUUUCUAGUAUAUUUCAGUCUCUUAGAAGAAUUGUGGGAGAUUUUGUUUUGUUUUGUUUUCAGCGAAAGUCACAAACUCUCCUCUUCUUUGACUCACAAAGGGGAAGGGUCCCCAGUAUACAUAUUUGGAUGCUUCGUUGUUUUUAAGACCAGAGAGCUCCUGGUGUUUUAUUUAGGAACAGAAAAGGCCCAUGGAAUCCUAAGAGUUCCCUGGCCUGUAUCCUCCAGGUAGGAGCAGAUGACUCGAAGCUGGUCUCUAAGCCAAUCCUCCUGUAAACCAGAGCCCAGGAAAGACAGCUCAUAAAUGUAUAAUUCUCUGGAGCUCAAUUCUAUGCAGUUGUACUGAUGUUUCAUCAAGUCACUGUGUAUUUUCUAAGUGUUGAUACAUUAAAAGUUGCUUUAUGGAAGAUGAGUAAAUUUUUUAAACACUUGGAAAUUUUAUUUCCUUGUUAAUUAACCUUCUACAGAUCAGGGCAUGCAACCAAAAGCAGCUUAAAUACUCAAAAAAUAAAAUAACAGGAUGCUGUUUUUAGAUUCUUCUGGUUUAUGUUCCUAUUUUAGGACCCUCACUUUUCUCUUAUUCAAAAGUAUUUUAUGUCCUAUACAUCUGUGGAUUGCAGGGUAAAUUACUUGGGCAUAAAUAAUCCAAGCAAAAGUAUAGUUUUUCUUUCAUCUUGACUAUCUCAAGAAAUAACACUUUUUAUUAGCCAAUAUUUUCUUAUUGCACAAUUCUAAAAUGUACAUUGACUACUUUUUGAGAAGAAAGUAGCAUUACUCAAAGGCUUAUUACUACUGAACAAAUUUGCAAUUCAGGAACAUUGCUAACUUUGCUUUAAAUCUUACUCUCAGUGUUAAAUCAUUUAAAAAAUUUACAGUCUAAAAAUCAUACUGGUAUUAGUAUCAGGUAAGGAAAUUAAAGUUUUUUAAAUGGAUUCAUUCUCUGCAAUAAGCAUUCAGAUUUUACUUUAAAAUACAUCUGGUACUGUAAAGAACCUAAAGUGGUUCACACUUAAUGGGUCAUUAAUCCAGUAUUCUUUGCCCUGACUGUUUGGAUAUUAAAGUUCCUUUAUGUUUUCUAUAACCUUUGGGAUCUUCUUGCAGUGAUUAUUGUGUGUGAGAGAUUUUUUUUUCUUUUUGGUCUAGUCAUAUUGUUAUAUUCACUCAGGUAUUUGUUAGAUUUCUUUUUAAUCUUAUUUCAGAAACCAUGGUUUGCAUUGGGUUACUGUUUGAUACCACAAAGAAUUGCUGUAGAUUUAACUCACUAUGAAAUCUGGAUCUCAUUUUCCUUGUUAAUAUUCUCUCCCUGUUGAAAAUGAGAUUCACAUUCUAGUUUUAUUCUUCUCCUGUUUUGUCCCUGUGCUUACUUAGCUUCCUUUUGUAUGUAUUAGAGUUCUAUUACUUUUGAGAAGGCGGUUGAUAAGGACUAGUUUGCAUACACAAAGAGAGUUAAGUUUACCAAGAGCUACAGGGUGCUCUUGAGGUUACAGUUGCAUUGGAAAAAUAAAAUGUGUUUGUAGGAAAUAAAGAACAAACCCUU